CCAGAUCAGCCGAAACAAAUUUAAGCUUAGAGAUGGAUCAGAAGGAAGAUGUUCCAUCAGCUCCUUCAACACCAGCAACACCGGGGACUCCUGGUGCUCCUCUCUUUGGUGGGUUUAGAAGGGAGAGAUCAUCAUCAGGCUUUUUCAGAUCAAAAUCUCUCAUCAACACCUGCAACUGCUUCACCCUUCGAGAUUGGAGCUUAGAAGAUCCAUCAGUACUCCCUCCUGUCACCUGUACAUUGCCUCACCCUCCUGUCUCUCUUGCAAGAAAGGUGGGAGCAGAGUUUAUAGGGACUCUGAUACUGAUAUUUGCUGGGACGGCUACUGCUAUCGUGAACCAAAAAAGUCAGGGCUCUGAAACCCUAAUUGGUCUGGCUGCCUCCACCGGACUUGCUGUCAUGAUCGUCAUUCUCUCAACUGGUCACAUCUCCGGCGCCCAUCUUAACCCAGCUGUCACCAUUUCCUUCGCAGCUCUCCACCACUUUCCUUGGAAACAUGUACCAGCUUAUAUAGCGGCACAAACUGUGGGAUCACUCUGUGCAGCAUUUGCCUUAAAAAUAGUUUUCCAUCCGAUGAUGGGGGGAGGAGUGACAGUUCCAUCGCCAUCAGUAGGAUAUGCACAAGCUUUUGCUUUGGAAUUUAUUAUUUCUUUUAAUCUCAUGUUUGUUGUCACUGCUGUGGCUACUGACACCAGAGCUGUGGGAGAGCUGGCAGGAAUCGCGGUGGGAGCAACCGUGAUGCUAAACAUACUCAUAGCUGGACCAUCAACAGGAGCUUCCAUGAACCCAGUAAGAACACUAGGCCCAGCCAUAGCAGCAAACAACUACAAAGCCAUAUGGGUGUACCUUAUAGCUCCCAUACUGGGUGCACUUAGUGGUGCCGGAAUCUAUACUGCAGUCAAGCUGCCGGAGGAAGAUGCUGACACUCAUGAAAAGCCUUCAACUGCGAGAAGCUUUAGAAGGUGAUCAUCAGAAACUAUCAUGAGAUUUCUAUCACAAAUCCAGAUGUGAAAUAUGAACAACGCAGAUGAGUAGGAGGUCGCUCUGGAGUUGCAUUAAGACAGAUAAAUUUCAGCUAUGUGUACCAAUUAUAUGUAUAAAGUUAUUCAUGAUUCUCAUUAAUAAAAAAA